GGGACAGCUGUUUUUCACUUAGGAAAUACAGCUUAUCAUUAGUGGGUUUUUUCCCCAGGUAUAGAUAGAAAUUGAUUACAGUUUGGCAGCGGAGUUGUUCAACUUGGUUUUUUCUCGGUGUCUGGCAGUAGAAGCAAGUCCUGAGAGGAAACAUAAAAGUUUCUGGGUUUUAGCCAGGCUUUUUGAAAAUACCUGUCCUAAUGCUUCUUAGGAUUAGGGUUUGUUUUACUUUCUUUUUUCUCAUUUGUUAAAAACUGUCUAGGUUUUGUGUGAAAUGAAGUACACGGGAUGCAGUGAAGUAAUCAGAUACAGUAUUGUGAAUUGUAACUGUUCUAAAUAUUUUGGAAUAAGUUACUUUAAAAAGUUGUAGUUUUUAGUAUCUGCAACAUAACCCACCUUUUUUUGCACAAGACCUGGAAAAUUGAAAGUUCACCUGCUCCCAGAGCACAUUGCAACAUGAUGUGUCUUUCACAGUCAUCUCAAUUACUGUCCUAUCUCCAUUUAUGUAUUUUUUCAUUCUUUUUGGUGAUUUUGUGUAUGUGUGAUUUCACAAGUAUUCUAAUACUUGCAAAUUAAAAUUGUUUCAAUGUGCCUGUAAGAGCAAAAAUGACAGUCGCUCCAUCAUGAACCUUUUAUUUUUCUUCCUGCGGUCAUAAUUUCAUAGGUAAUAAUUAUGCUGUCAUUGCAUCCCACUAGUUUGUGUGCACAUGACUACCAUUGCUCUUCACCUUUUUUCAUUUAAAGGGUUUGGACCCGUCUGUGAAGGAAGUUGGACACAACAUACGGGAGGUUGGAGGAAGGAGUAAUCGGCAGGAAGGCUAGAAUGUGGUGAAGUCAGCUGUGAUGGGAAGGUGAUGCUAGAAGUUGCAUGAUGCACUUUCUUUGAAAGAGUGGGGGAUUUUUGAUGACAGCUGACAAUUUCUGUGGUUCUGUUUGGGAACUGAAAGCUGGUACAGCAAGCAGCUCUUCAGGCCUCCUCAUGAAUUGGGAAACACUGGUUGACAGGAGUGCAAUGUGGGAAUUUCCACAUUUGCCCUUGGUUAUUUCCACAUGCUGAUCCAGACCCAGCCUGCUGUAGCCUGACAGCUGUGCUGUGAAUUGCUGUGGUGUGUGUUCCUUUUGUUCAUGUGCCUGCAUCUAUUUUAAUUAAAAUACUCCCUACAAGUCUAAUGUAUGCUAGGACAAGAUUUGUGGGAUUUAAAUGAAUUCUAGGUAUCGUCUCCAGGGUGUAAAGAGGACCUUUUAAGUCAGCCCGUGGCACUGUUUAGUGUCUUGGACCUGCAAACCCUCAGUCGAGGUCAGCUAGGUAAAGAAAAGGGAAAUGAUUGCUGUCCUGGCAUGACCUCUGUGUUUUACUCUGACUGCAUCUCCCUGUGGAAGGGAUCUUGCCUGUACAAGUACACAGUGCUUGAAUUCUUAGAUUUCAAAUUCUAAUUGCUGACUUGCAAAGCCUUUUUCCUGCCUUGCAGCUCCCUAAUUGUUUGUUUACAUUGCAUCCAUCUAUCGUCCCAGUAGGUCCUUUCUGUAGACAGGAGCAGGGGAAUCUCUGCCACUGAGGGUUUUUGGUCCAGGGCAGAUUGUGCUUGCCAGUGAGCAUUUGGGAAAAUUAAGGACAGGAGGAUUAAGAAGGAUGUAAUAUCAUUUGCUUCCUACCAGGGUCUGACUUAAUUUUCAUUCUCAGACUUUGCCUGAAGCACGAUUAAGGCUAUGGACAACUCUAGGAGGGCUUAGCAUGUUUAAAUAAUACAGUUGCUGAUUGAAAUGUUAAUACAGAAUGGCUUUGGGAGGGGAUUCAGCUUCAUAAGUCAGCCCUGAGGUUUUUCCCCCUGCCUACGGCUCUUCUGGUGGGAUGGAAUGUCACCACAGCCCCUUCCUAUUAGCUCGGUGUGUUUGUCCAGGUGUCUGCCUCUUCCAUAAAAGAUGGGGAUUGCUGGACCUCGCCCACACUCGGUAAGUGCUGCAGCAAAGAAAAAUGACACAAAGUGUUUAUUUGAUGAUUUUACUUUUGUGUCUCAGAUUAAUGUGUCCUCUUGCAACUGGAAUUUUUAUGGAGAAGCUUAUCAGCAAGAAGCUGUGUGCUGCUGAUGACUGUGUCUACACCAUUUCCCUUGCCAGAGCAGAAGAGGAUUAUAUUGCUUCAGACUGCAGGUUCAUUAAUAUUAAGAAAGGACAGUUGAUUUAUGUUUAUUCAAAACUAAUGAAUGAAAAAGACUCUGGAGAAUUCUGGGCUGCAAGUAUAAGAGUUUAUGGAGAACAGUAUGAAGACCAUAUGGGGACAGUUGGUUAUUCCCCUAGCAGUUUGGUCUCAGAACAACAUGUCUAUCAAGAAGCAAGUAAGACCACUCCUACAAGGAUGGUGACCCCGAAUGUGAUACUUCAAAAAGAAGUGGAGGAGACACCUGGACAGAGAAGACCGGCUGGAGAUUCUGGCGCAGCUGGGCUGUGAGCCAGGGGAGCAAGGGAGCUCUGGGAUUUAUCAAGAGACGUUGCAAUGGGAUACCCUUGAGGUAAACAGCCAGUGCAGCUAUGGGGCAGAAGGUUUCUGCAGAAGAAGGGGCCAUAGUCAGGUUACUGUUAAAAAUACUCUCUAUGAGAGGGGUGAAAUAAGAGGAGUCCACAUUGAGACGAUUGUUGCUAUGGUGCCAACAAAACGGCUAUGCACCCGAGCCAAAUACAGCUUUUAAUCUAGAAACUUGGAAGGGAGUAGGUGACCGCCUGUGGGACGCUGUUAGCAACGGGGAUAAGGAAACCCGUUCUUUGGCUACAGUGUGGAAAUUAGUUUAUGUGACCUUGCAAGAUACAAAAGCAGAGCGGGCAGCUGCUUUCAUAUGAGGCCACACAGGGCAUUUGCAGCAGCCCCGAUAGCACGCCCUGUUAUCACGGCUUUUGAACCUCCCUUACCGUAUCCAAGUGUCCCUGAGGAGGUACCUGCUGUGCCUACAGCCUCAACACAAUCUUAGCCACCUCCGGCGGCACCUGUGGAAGUUGACACUGAGUAUCUGCCUCUGCCACCUAUCCCUCCGGGGGGAGACUUUUCUUUUCCACCUCCGCCACCUUGUGCUGUUCCCGCACCACCGCUGCCUGCAGCAGACUGGGGUCUCGAGAUACUCUGGAAGAUAGAAGAGCAGGAGCGUGCACGGCCGACAGCAAUUAUGGAACAGCAAUUACGAGAACAACAGAACGCGGAGUGGGAGAGACCAUAUGGGAAAAUGACGUAAGAAACAUCAGACAGGAGGAAAGACUUAAGCAAGUAACUCAGGGUUUGGGGGGAGAGUCAGACUGGGAUUGUUUGCAGCAGAUUCGAUGUAAGGAAAUGGAAACAGAAGAGUUACAGAAGAGAGAGGGAAAACAGAGAGAGGGUGGUGGGUCAGGGCCAAGUGAUGGGUCAGGGCCAAGCUAUUUUGAGAAAUGCUGGAAAGGAGUUAUACAGCAUGCCAUAAUAGAGGGAGAAUUUAUUCCUGGGGCUUUUCCAGUAGUGUUGGGAGGCAGAGAUCCUGGCAGGGGCCAGAAACCUAACCACUGGACACCUUUUGUUUGGGAGGUGAUUAAAGAAGCUAGAAAAUCAGUUUGUGAUUAUGGGUUGCAAAAUCCUUUCACACAGUCAUUUAUUGAUAACAUCUUUGGGUCCAAUAUUCUUUGCCCUUAUGAUUGUCAACAAUUAAUGCAAUUAUUAAUUACAGGGAUGCCAUAUAUAUUGUGGAAGUCUAAGUGGACUGAUUUAUGUCAACAAGCUGCUGUAGCUAACUUAUACAGGGAUGAUGGUGAUCCUUUGAAAUAUGCAUCUGUAGAAAUGCUAACAGGAACGGGCACGUUUAUUGAUGCUCAAGUACAGAGCCGACUGAAUGUACAGAUUUUACGUCAGUCAGCCCAUGCAGCUUGAGAGGCUCUGAGGCAAAUGCCUGAGGAUGGCAAAAUAGUGCUACCUUUUACUAAAGUAGCACAAGGACCAACCGAAACAUACAUGUCCUUUUUAGAUAGAUUGUGAGAAAGUAUUCAAAAGUCCGGCAUUCCCGAAGCAGCAAGGGAUUCUGUACUUAUGUCUCUAGCAGUUCAAAAUGCUAAUUCGGCAUGCAGAAGAAUUCUGAUGGCACUCCCUUGCACUGCUUCAAUAGUAGAUAUGAUGGAGGUGUGUGAAAAAGUCGGGACGCCAGCAGAAAAUGCUAUUUUAAUGGCUGAAGCAUUUGCCGUGACUGUAAAGCUGCUUGUAAAACAAGGUCAGGGAGAUAAAAGACCGCAUUGUUUUAAAUGUGGGAAACAAGGACUAUUCCUAAAAAGAGUGGCAAGUGGCAUUUGUUACAUGAUUUAAGGGAAGUAAAUAAGGUAAUGGAAGACACGGGAGUACUUCAGCCAGGAUUACCGUCCCCCAGUAUGAUUCCAAAACAUUGGGAAAUACUGAUAAUUGAUUUAAAAGAUUGUUUUUUCACCAUUCCAUUGCAUCCAGAAGAUUGUGAAAAUUUUGCUUUUUCUGUUCCCUCUGUUAACAAGCAAGAACCCUACAAGAGAUAUGAAUGGACCGUUUUGCCACAAAGUAUGAAAAAUUCCCCUACUAUGUGCCAAUUUUUUGUGGCCUGGGCAUUGACACCAUUCAGGCAACAGCAUCCAGAAUUAAUUGUUUAUCAUUAUAUGGAUGAUCUUUUGAUUGCAGGAAUGCAAUUGGACAGAGAACAAAUUAUUAUAGAAUUAGAACAACAGUUGAAAAUGAAAGGAUUGGUUAUUGCACCAGAAAAAAAUACAACAGAUGCCACCAUGGAAAUAUUUGGGUUCAAUAAUAGAUCAAACCACAGUGAGGCUACAGAAAAUCGAGUUAAACCCUACUAUUAAAAUCAUUAACUAUUUUUUAAUAGUAGGUGAUAUUAAUUGGGUGUGGACAAUAUGUCGUAUCACCAAUUCAGAUUUACAAACUCUGUUACAUGUAUUGUCAGGAGGAGGGGGUGUUAAUGCUCCUCAAAACUUAACUGAAGCAGCACAAAAGGCUCUUGAAAAUAUUGGGAAAAAAAUUGUACAAGGCUAUACGUCCCACUGGAUCCAGAUUUGAAUAUUGCAGUAGCUAUAUUUAGCCAAAAAUAGGUGUUUGCAGUUAUUUUCAAUGGGCCCAACAGACAGAUCUGUUGUGUAUAUUGGAAUGGAUCUUUUUGCCAGCACAACCAAAGAAAACUAUAAUGACACCUGUGGAAUUAUUAGCUCAUAUUAUAAUGAAAAGCCAAAACUGGGUAAUAGAAAUAUCUGGUUUAGAGCCUGCAGAAAUUAUUGUGCCAACGACUAGAGUGUAUUUAAAUUGGAUGCUAAGACGUAGCAGAGACUUGCAAAUUGCUACUUUGGAGUUUACAGUGUUUAUAAACUCAGUGUUUAUACGCCAGGACAUAAAAUGCUCACAUUUGUAACAAAUACUGAGAUAAUUUCAAAAUCCCUUUGUUCUUCUAAGCCGGUUCAUAGAAUAACGAUUUUCACUGAUGCCAGUGGCAAAACUGGGAAGGCUACUUACGUUUGGAGAGAGAAAGGUCAGUGGAAACAGGAAGUUUUACAUGAAACAAACAGCCACUCUACUCAGUACUUAGAGUUAUUGGCAGUAGCAGUAGUAUUUGAAAAAUGGAAUGAUCAGCCAAUUAAUGUUGUAUGUGAUUCACUUUAUUGGUAGGAGUAACUUGUCGUUAGAACGUGCAUUGUUAAAGGAAUUGAAUAACCAUGACCUAUAUUUGCUUUUUCACUGCUUGCUUUUUCACCACUUGCUUUUUGCUUUAUCAAAAAGACACUGUGUUUAUUUUGUUACUCAUAUUCGUAGUUAUUCUAAGUUACAGUGUAGCCUAGCCGAAGGCAAUGCAUGAGCAGAUUAUUUAGUUUCUCCUGCCUGGGCUGCUCCUGCAGGAAAUAAAUUUCAAGAAGCAGCGCAGUUGCAUCAAUUUUUUCAUCAAUCAGCAAAGGUCCUGCACCAGCAAUUUCACAUUUCCUGGACUGAUACACAAGCUAUUGUGGCGUCUUGCAGUGAUUGUCAACAACUUCAUCAGCCAUUGGGGACAGCAGUUAAUCCGAGAGGACUUGGAGCCUUGAAAUUAUGGCAAAUGGAUGUAACGCAUUUUCCAGAGUUUGGCUGAUUUAAAUUUAUUCAUGUGUCUGUUGACUGUUUUUCUUUUGCAGUAUGGGCCACUAUACAAACAGGAGAAACCACGAAACAUGUUCUAAAACAUUUACGCACAGCUAUUGCUGCCCUUGGGAUUCCACAUACCUUGAAAACUGAUAACGGCCUGGGUUAUACUGGUCAUAAUUUUGCCACCUUUUGCAAUUUAUGGGGUAUUGUUCCUAUCACUGGGACUCCACAUUCUCCCACAGGGCAAGCUAUCGUGGAAUGCACCCAUCAUACCCUGAAGCAAUUGCUUCACAAACAAAAAGGGGGAGAAUUGUCCCUUUCGCCUCAAGCCCGCUUGGAAAAAGCUGUCUAUGUAAUGAAUUAUCUACAUAUCCCAGGUGAUAGUCUUGUUCCUCCUGCGGUAAAACAUGGGCCAGGACUAAAAGGGGACUUAAAUGAAACUCCAUGCGAUAGUGGGAAAGUAUGGGUAAAAAAUGGGGCUACAGGGCAAUGGGAAGGACCAAUGCAAUUACUAACUUGGGGAAGGGAGUAUGCAUGUGUUUCCACAGACACGGGAUUAUACUGGGUGCCUGCGAAGUGGGUGAAACCAUGGCUGGAGAAAGACAGCAACCCCAACCUGUGUGCUGAUGCUGAAAAUUGAGGUCUCACGUCAGCUACACCUCAAAUGUCCUGAUUCAGACUGUGGAAAUUUUAAACCGUGGGUAUUGCGUGUAUGCUUAACUUGUGAUGCAAGAUGGUAUUGCAGUAGUAUUAAUCUUGUUACGAAAAAUUGUAAAGAAAUACAUACUGCAGAGGAACGUAAAGUAGGAGUAGAACAAGUUUUGUGUUGGAACAAGAUUCCUUUGCCAAAAGAGGCUAAAGAUUGGUGGGUACCUGAAAAUGACUGGUCAUGGUUUUUAACGCAUUGGAAGGAGAGAAUGCAGGAAAAAUGGGGCCCAGUGGGAAAAUUUCAGUCAUCACAUUUUUACUGUUAACCCUUAUGACAGCAGUCAAAGCACAUGAUAUUCUGGAAGUAGUGCCGUGACACAAUGUGUCAGUUAUUUUUGCUGUUACUAAGCAGGGUUCCUUUUGUCUGUCUAUGGCUAUGCCAGCUGAUCCAUUCGUACUUGCUUGAUAGGCAUACCUGACUUUAACCCUGAACGAUUUAAGGGCUAUAUAAAUAGACCAAUUCCUGCUACUUGUAAUGCUACAAUGCUUAAUGCUACAUUAUCAGCUCACAAGCAGCAGGAGCCAUAGCUAAUUGUACUAAAGACUUGCUUUUGGCACUUAAUGCAACUUCAAUAGAGCCCCAAGAACUUACAGUGUUAGUCUCAAUGGGAAAGAACUGCAGUUGUGUUGAAUUUGGUAAUGUUUACGGUGUUCUGGCGUGUCUUAAUAGAACCAGACAGCAAAACCUGGAAAUAAAUUAUGGCUAUUUCCAAAACAUCUCACCCAAAGCACCAGAAUACCAUAAAUGUGUUCCAAAUCAAACUCAGAAAAUAGGGUACCAGCAGAAUGAGUAUUUGUUUUGCCCACACCAAUUUGUGCAUGAAGUAAACAAUCCAUCUGCUGCUCUUUAGAAUAAUGAUACAGGUAAACGGCUACCACCUGGCAUAUUUUUAAUUUGUGGGGAUCGAGCAUGGCGAGAGAUACAGUCACGAGUGAUAGGGGGACCAUGUUUUUUGGGAAAACUUAUUUUGUUUAAGCCUUCCAAGAUAGACCUACUAAAUCACACUGUAUGGAACUUUACAAAGAACCACAACAAUCACGACAAAGUGUGUCUCAGUUAGGUCCUGAAUGUAAUGAAAAGAUUCAGUUUUGGUCAACACCAUCACGAGUUAUUACUUCCUUAUUAACACCAGGUGUCGCUGCAGCCAGAGCCUUAUAUAACUUUAAAAAGCUGGCUUGCUGGAUGGCCAGACAAUUAAACAUCGCAUUGAAUAUUAUCACUGACAUGUUAGUUGAUGCAGAUAGUGUAAGGCAUGCAUUAUUACAGAAUAGGGCUGCUAUUGAUUUUUUGCUGCUAGUGCAAGGACAUGGUUGUGAGGACUUUGAGGGAAUGUGUUGUAUGAAUUUAUCUGAUCAUUCUGUAUCCAUCCAUAGAAGGCUUAAGGAAACACAGGAAAACAUGAAAAAGAUCAUGACAGGACAUGGACUAGACAGGCGGUUGGAAGGAUUUGGCUUACUAGGUGGUUGAAAGAUAUCAAACAAUUGGGGGCAUGUUUAUUUGUUUAUUGAUUGUUUUGCCAUGUUUAAUCACUUGUAUUUCUAGAAUGGUGCAGAAAUCAAUGUAUAGCAUAUGGCUGGUUCAAGGAAAGAAAGGGGGAAAUGCGGAAACCAUGUUUUUACUAGAAAAUGGACAUAUCGUGAACCAGCCAUAACAUAGAAAACCCAGAGCAUGUAAGACAGAAGGACUUGAGCACAUACACAGGGGAAGAGUCCAUAGGGAGGUUGUGAGAAAGGAACAAGCAGCGUUGGGGAGGAUGUGAACAAAGAACAAGCAAUGAAGCAUAAUCCUGAGAAAAAGGAAGAAAAGGAUAAGAACAUGCAAACUGAAGGACAGUUGUGACAUACACAACAGAUGAUGUGACACACAUACAAGAGCCCAUCAUAAAACAUAAAGUAGCGUGUGAAAAUAGGCCUUAACCAAUAAUAAAUAUACAUGAUCGUGUCUAGGGAAAGCAAGAAUUGUAUAUUAGGGACAGUAGUUAAUCAAUAAAAUGGCUUCUGCUUGAUUCACAUUGAAUCAUGUAGAGUCCAUUGUUUCUCUCCGCAGGUGGCUGUUAUGGCUGGUGAAGGGGUCAGUGGCUCUGACCCAGGAAGGGGUGACCAGUCCGGAAAGACGGUCCCGAAAGGAAUCGCCUUCCCGCGGCCCGGUGUCUUCCCUCAGCUGCUAGCUAGGAGAGCCCAUGCAGAGACUGUCACCUCUUUACUGAUUGUCAGCUCGUGAUUUCAGCUCAGCUCUGCAGGGCAGCCUCCAGGCCAAGCCAGACCAGAGAGAGAUGAGAGGCUCGAGUAGCUGGUUCCGCACAAAGGUAGCUUUAUUGGUCCGUACUCCAGCGAAGGAGAGCUAGGGGCAAGCAUCUGUAUCUCGCAGGGGCAGAGGGCUUGCUUUUAUAGGGAUACAGGGGAUGGGUGCCAGGGGGUAAAGGCCAAUGGGUUACAAGGGAUCUGCAUAGUGUCUCCUAGAGGAUUCUGGGUCUGACUUUUCUCGCCAUGACUACAGAAGUGGUUGUCUUUCCAGGGAGUCCUGCUGGGCGAUUAUGCAAUCUUCUUAUCUCAGCAGACAUCCCUCCAGGGCAGGGGCUGGGCAUACCCCACAGGUGGCUACAUAAUUAUACUUGGCUAUGUAAUGCUAAUUUGCUGUAAAAAUAAAUCAUUAUUGUUGCAGUCGAUUGUAGCAUAUCAGAGAUGCUUAGGAAUCCAAUCUUUGGGCCUUUAUACAGGCAAAUAACCUCAAUAAAAUCCCUAACAUAACCUCUGAUACAGCAGACAUUGUAAAUAUUGCAAUAAAGGCUUGAUCCUUUUGA